UAAAAAAAAAAUUAUCGCAAAACGUUUUUUGUGGCUGUUUUUGUUAUUUUAAUUUAAUAUAAAAUAAAUUCUUGAACAAAACAAUAUUUCCUUGUCUUGUCUGAUAGAAAAAAACAAAAAUUUGCUCAGAGGAAAAAUCUUAAGCCUCCAUAUAUAUUCCUUGUCAGUUCUCAACACAACAACAAGAGAAAAACAAUGUUUGUGUCAAAAUAUUAAAAAAGAAAAGUUGAUGAUUAAAAUAAAUAUGGAAGAAAAUAUAAUAAUAAAAAUAAAUAAAGUUGUUGUGUGUUAAAAACAAAUAUAUUUGUCAAUUAUAUAUUUUUUUAUUGUUGUUGGGUGAUUCAUGCCUGAAUUUGCGUUCAGUGUUCAUUGUUCCGUGCUAAUGUUGUUGUUUUUAUAAAACAAUAUAUCAAUAAAUUCAUGUUCAAUCAACAAAAGUAUGUGUAAUAUUUAAAAGAAAACAAUUAAAUUAAAUUUAAAAAACAUUCACACACCAAAAAGGAAACAUAUGUUUGUUGAUAUUAAAUUAAUUAAUCAACAUCAUCAUCAGCUUUAUUGUACUGUAAGAAAUAUCUAAGUUAGCUGUCAAAUAUUACGGAUUUUUGCUUUAAAACUAAUAUGAAAACUGCAAAAAUCUUUUUCAGCAUUUAAAACAAAAACAAUUUACACAAAUAAAAAAAUGAUUCAAAAAAUGUCUAAAGUCAAAAUAUAUAAAAACGCAAAAUUUUGAAAAGAAAUAUCUUCAAAAAAACAGCCGCCAUUUAUUCAACACAACUGCCUUUAAACUAAAAGUGAUAAAAUCUAUAAAAUUUACAAAACUUUUGCUUAAAGAUUUUGACAAAACAACAACAAAUAUUUACCCCCAAAACUCUUCUCUCUCUCUCCUUUUAUUGACUCCUUUUUGCUAGAAAACAAAAAUCCAAAAUGGGUUUAAGAGCUAAAACCUCAACAGCAGCUGUGAAUAGUAAUAGCGGCUCCAAACAUAAUGCUUCAGCAAAUAAUUGUAAAUUUUUAAAUGGCGGCAAAAAACUUAAUAAUAGAUCAAACACAACAACAAAACAAACGGCAGUUGUUACUCCUGCUACCACAGGCUCGCUUUUAAAUAAAGUGGUGUUGCCCUGUUUGAAUUGUAAAACUGCUUUGGCAGAAACCACCUGCUGCAGCAUAACCAGCAUACGUACCACCUAUCGUAGUAGUUCCACAUCUGCUUUAUUGAAUACAGCGGCUACAGCAUCUUCAUCGUCAUCGUCCUCACCAUUUAUGUCCUCCAACAGUAUGCGUCCCCAAACCCUAAAUGUUCACAAUUAUCAUGAAACACCAGCGGAUCAUACACAAUUAUUUUUGGGUGAGGUGUUAGCUGCUUGGCGUGCCAAAGCAAGAUGCAAUGUGGUACCAGCCGAACGCACACAAGAACUAUUUCAGGAGUUAAGUUUUCAUCCCAAUGACAAGCAAAUAAGCGAUAUGUUGCAAACAGCUAAAAUGUUGGCUCGUAAAGGCAGCCGACAAUCAAAUGGUUUAACUUUUGGUGAAUUUUGUGUUUUAGCAGCAGACCUUAAAAGAUUUCGAACAUCUUCAUUUGGUUCAACAUCGCCUGGUUACUGUGACAAACCUAAUUUACUAGGCUCUCUACAUACUGAUGAUAAUGGUGUGGCUGAUAAUACUGACAGCGACAAUACAGCCUCUGCCAACACAAAAACAACAGCAACUACAACAACUAAACAUGAUACCAGCACCCAUACAAAUACAAAUUGCAGCUUUCCGGGAAAUGAGUUGCGCAGUACAAAAUCUUUAAGUAAUGUGGAAGACUGCAAAAGAAUUGGCAAACAGCGUAAAACCAGCGAAAAUACCUCUGCACCCGUUGAAGUGUUUUUAGGUGGCUCUUGUAAUCCCACAACAUGGCGUGCUGAUGUAGCUAUACCUGCUUUAAAAGAACUAGGCAUUUCAUUCUAUAAUCCGCAAGUUUCCGAUUGGACGCCAGAUCUCAUUGAAUUAGAACAUCGUGCUAAGGAAAAAGCCCGUGUCUUAUUUUUCGUUAUGGAUUCAGAAACUCGCGCGUCUGCUGGUGCCAUUGAGGCGGCACAUAUAGCGGGUCAAAACUGCAAGCAGCUGGUGCUGGUGCUGCAUCCGUAUAAACCGAAUCAGAGUAUACUCAAUGAGCGUAUAUCGCAACAGGAAUAUAUUGAUCUUACACGCAAUCAACAAAUCUUACGUGAAUUGGUAACGCGCCGUGGAUUGCCCGUGCUCAGUAAUAUACCUUCUGGUCUCCAGCGUACUAAGGAAAUUUUAGCCGGUUUUAGGGAUCCACCAUCGAAUAUAGCUUCAAUAUUAGUUGUAAUACGUGGUGCUUUUGAUCGUGUCAAUCCCAUUUACGAUCUAAUCACUGUUGAACAGUGUCAACAAGCUCUCUUAUAUUUGGGCUAUGCUCAAAGUCUUGUUAACAUGGAUAAUUUAAAUAAAAUCAUUGCGGCUCAACGGGAAGCUCUAGGAGCUCUAAACAAUGACAACAACAGCAUUAACAACAAACAUAGUACAAACUCUCAAAAACCUAAAAGCAACAACACUAACUCCACAACAUGUGCUCAACAACAACAACCACAAAAUCCUAAAAUCAAUAGCAGCUCUCAAUUGGAUCAUUUGGAUUUCAAUCUAUUCUGUGUUAUAUCGGCCUAUUUAUCGGUGCUGCAGCAGGAAAUACAUGAAAGUGGCUGCAUUUCACCUAUAAAAGGAACCAAUGUACCACCACCACCGGUGUAUUUAUCAAAUUUACAAGGUGAGGACUCUUUCGCUAUAAGCUAUUUCAGCAAAAAUAUUUCACGCACUUCCAGCAAUACUAGUGUGCCCAGCAGUGAGGAACGAGCCCUUAACUUAAAUGAUCUUUUAACGCGCAAUCGUGACAGUGGCACCUCAUCGCCCCAGCCCAUAGAACCUUUACGCUCGCGUUCCCAAGCUCAAUUAGGUAAUGCCAAACCACAUGUUCUACUAAAUGUGGAAACUAUUGAAACCACUGAAGUAACCACUACUCAAACCCUACAACCUCAAACUUCGGCUUUCACAGCUCACUCACCGCUCAACAUAGACAACUCGGCACAUGUGGCCGCCGCUACGGAAGAGGAAAGUGAUUCUAAUGACUCGGUAUUCUCCAGCAGCAGCUCGAUUAAUUCCAUUAAUUGUUGUGAUCCAGCAUUGGCCUAUAAUAUGCCGGAUUUCCGUGAAGUGUACUUGGGAGGUAGUUGUGUUUUGCGCACAAAAUGGCGUCAGGAGCUGGCGGUACCUUAUUUGAAAUCUAAAGGAAUUUCCUAUCACUUACCCUCACUACACGAAUCCAUUAAUCCUAGUCAUUUGGAUUUACCCGAUAGCAAAUUACAACAGCAGCAGGAGGAAGAUGAUGUUGCGGGUACUUCUGCGGCCACGGCCAGUUGGAGAGUGCGUAGACAGCCCACAGCAACGGCAGCUAAUUUUAUGCGUACAAGACGAAAAUGUCGCACCAAUAGCGGCACUAAAACGGCCGAAGAAGUCGAAGAGGUGACCAUAGCUGAGGAAUCUCUUAGUUGGACUUUGUCACCUGUACGUACGAAUCUCUUUAAUCCCUCAAUUCUGGACUCCAGUCGGGUAUUGCUGUUUGUGAUCACUAACGAAACACGCUCUCUUGCUCCCAUGACACUGGCAGCUCAUUGCAUUGGUCUCAUGUACAAUGUAGUGUUGGCUGUACAAAUGUUACCCAAUGACUGUGUCAUUGGUAAUGAAAAGCUCACUCCAACCGCCAUUAAGGAUUAUAAUCGUGGUCGUUCCUAUUUAAUUGAUUUAGCCAAACGCCAGGGUGUACCCGUUUUCAAUGAUAUUAAAGCAGCUCUAGAGUGUACCGUUGAAAAGAUACAAUCCUAUAAUUCCAGACGUUAUGAAUGAAUGACACUGCAGGGCAGUCUCUUUCAGACAACAAAAGAUUUUUAAACCCCCAUAAAAAUACGUGACAUUUAACUAGUAUAACCCCAACAACAAUAACAGAAACUAUAUAUAUAAUUUUUUCAAAAUCCAUUAUUAGAGUUUUUAUUUUAAGUUUUAGUUAAUGAUUUAAAAAAAUUCAAACAUUGUUGUUUCAUGCAAAAAUUUUACAUUUAACUACAACAAAUGCCUUAAUUGUAAAUACUAACUAAUAAUUAAAUUUUAAUUUUAACUUUUUUUGUGGAAGUUUUUUCUUUAAUUAUAUUAAAAAAAACAGGUUUAACAAGAAAGCUAAUUUUUAGGUAGUAGUUUCAAAAAAAAGCUUAAAAAUAUAAAAUUAACUAGAAAAGCCUUACAAAAACAAAAGAGAACUUUAGUGCAGGCAAAUUAGAAUAUACAACUUAUUAGAUAAAUUUAGAAAAUGCUAAUAAAUUAAAAAAAAAACAAACAAUUUAAGAAAUAAAAUUAAUCAUUUAAUUUUAAAACAAAUACAUGCAACCCUGUUACUUUAACACCUUUAAGUAGGCAAUAGUUUUUGCCUAGAAAAGUUAACAGUACUUUAAGCUUUAUGUUAUGUUAACACAGUGUAAGUAUAUUUAUCUCUUUCUAGCUAGUUUAUUGUAAAGAUCAUUAAUUAUAUUAGUUGACACUUUAACUAAUAGAAAAAAGACAACCUUAGUGUAAGCAAGAGUUUGGGGGCCGAAAAAACAACAAACAAACAUCAACAGUAGUGGACUUCAAUCCCCACUCUUCUGCUCUAUAAGAAAUUGUAAAAGAGAGUGAUCAUGAGAAAAAGAGAGAAUUUAGUACGUUGGUGCUGUCAAAUGAAAAGCUUAAUGAAUAAAAUACAAUACAAUCAAUAUUUCGGCUGCAAAUUACCAUUGACGUUGUUGUUGACUCAACUGAGUAAGUGUUUUUCGAGUUUUGGUGUGGUUGGUGGAAUUGGAUUGUUUAUUAAGACCAAAGCAAAAAAAAAAAAAAAAUAUGGUGUGUUAAAGAUAAACAAGUGUGAGCGUGUGUAUUUGUUGUUUUCUUAAAAAAAAAAAACAAAAUUUUACCGAUCGCCAGACUUAAUUUU